AUGUCCUCUGCGGAGCCAAUUCCCUCUCUUCCGCAUGGACAUGGUCUUGGCCACUCUCGAGGUCGCGGCCACACCCGCCGCUCGACGCCGCUCUCCCAGUCGAUCUCCUACGCCCUACCCGCCGCCCAGCAGCAGCCAGUUACAGAUGCGAAUGGCUUGAACAAUUAUACUGAGAACUCAAAGCCGGAGGCACACCAUCAUUCGCACUCACAUGCUUCCAUCCACCACGAUCAUUCGGAGUCCGUCACCCACGCCCACAAGAGCCUCGUGAUACAGGCGGAGGCUACCCCAAACCAGUUCCAUGAGAUAGUUGCAGGGCUUAUAAUUGCGUUACCGUGGAUCUCUCUAUCGUGGUUCUACGAACACUAUGUGCAGUGGACGCGACCAGAACCUACCUCAACCUCGUCCGUUGGAAAUCUUGAUCGCGUUAUCUCACGGACAUUUGAAUUAACUGCCGCAACGCUGAUAGUGUACGGGGGUUGGGCUUUAGCCCGUCUGAACCUGCGGGGCGAGGGUGAAUACUCGCUAAAGAAGUUGAGAUUGGACCCUUCGACGGGGACCGCAACACUCAUCCAAAUAUGUUCGAUUGCAUUGCCCAUCUAUGCUACUCUGCAAGUGGGCGGGUUUCUCGUCACAUUCUCUUUGGCAGUUUCUGUGGGCUCUGGACUGCCAACAGUUAUUCGCGACCAUGCUGCGCCUACCAAUGACAAAGGGAGGCAAAGUUUCAAGAAACUAUCUGCCGCUCUUGUCCCUACUGUCCUGGUGCUGAGCUUUUUUGGCAUGAACACAUUAUGGAAUGGUGCACCGCUUUUGGGAUAUACAGCCUUGCUUACAUCCGCUUUUGUCAUCCGACCUCCUUUCCCAUCAGCGCCCAAAACAACCCCAGAAAAGGGCAGUGGGCUUGGCAUUUCUAUCCCCGGCCCUCUCAAUGGAUCAACACAGAACCUCUCUCGAGCAUCCCAGCCAUCCCUUGAUCCAGCUAUGGCUACUCUAUCCGGUCUGGUGCUGGGAUUUUUGACCCUUCUCAGUACAGGAACUUUCUCUUUCGGUGCUUCUGAUAUCGUCUACUUAUCAGCAGUUGUGGCCUCCAUGGUCACAAGCAUAACGUAUCUAGACCUUACUCAUGUAUAUUCUCCUAGCAAAGUUGGCGUUGCAAUCGCCACGGGAGGCGCCACAUUACUUUGUUCACCACCUGCUCAGGAUGACCUUUAUAUUGUUUAUAUUUCUCGAGCCUUACUAGCCACUGCGUCUUUCUUUGCCGCGAGGUUUGACGACAAGCGUUCGAGAUCUGAUGACCAUGCUCACCACCAUCACCACCACUCAGCUGCGGAAUCCUCACCGGCAACGAAGAUUAUUCUCCGUUACAGCGAGCCCUAUCCACUAUUGUACAGCAUCCUCAAAGAACGUGAUUCUCGCCGCAUAUUUUACUUUAUGACGCUAAACUUUGGCUUCAUGUUGGUCCAACUAUCCUACGGUUUCGCAACUGGCUCCCUCGGGUUACUUAGCGACAGCAUACAUAUGUUCUUUGAUUGCCUCGCGCUUGUUGUUGGACUAUGUGCCGCUGUUAUGAGCAAAUGGCCUCCGAGCACUAGGUUCCCUUACGGCUAUGGUAAGGUAGAUACACUUUCGGGGUUCGCCAACGGAAUUUUUCUCAUGAUUAUCAGCGUCGAAAUUAUAUACGAGGCGGUGGAGAGGCUGUCCUCAGGCAGCCAGAUGCAUCGCCUUGGAGAGCUCCUGGCUGUCAGUGUAGCCGGUCUUCUUGUCAACCUUGUUGGAAUUAUGGCUUUCGACCACGGGCACGCGCAUGGACACGACCAUGGGCACGACCAUUCUCAUGGAAACGAGAACAUGCACGGGAUUUUCCUCCACAUUCUAGCGGAUACCCUCGGGUCCGUUGCUGUUGUGAUAUCAACUGUCCUAGUCCAUUACUCUGGCUGGUCAGGGUAUGAUCCUAUUGCAUCUUGUAUGAUUGCGGUUUUGAUUUUUGCCUCGGCUAUCCCAUUGGUCAGUAGCACAGCCAAGAGCUUAUUGCUCACUCUGCCGGCUGAUGUGGAAUACAAUGUUCGUGACACCCUGUCUGGCGUCAGUACCAUAAGAGGCGUUGUCAGCUACACCGUCCCCAAAUUUUGGUUGGAUGAUUCAGAAGCAAAAUCUUCGGGCCAUGAUCACGGCCACAGUCAUGGCCACUCUCACAGCCAUAGCCAUCAACAUGACCACCAUCAUGGUCACUCUCAUGCUCACGCCCACAAUCACGACCACGAUCACGACCACGAUCACGACCAUGACCACGACCAUGACCACGACCACGCCAAAGCCAAAAGCAAUUCACCAGUCCUCGGCGUGAUUCAUGUCAUAGCGUCCAGCUCGGCAGAUCUGGAGGAUGUCAGGCAACGUACGGUUGAAUUCCUGCAGGAAAAGGGGAUGGAUAUCCUUGUGCAGGUUGAACGUGAAGGCGAGGGACGAUGUUGGUGCGGCGGAGGAGUCAACGGAAACGGGGCAGGCAAUCUCAAGGCUUCCUGA